AUGACUCGUCGCCUGAGCAGCUCCACCCGCUCCCACACUGAGGACUCCAUCUUCCUGAGGCCCGACGAGGAGCCCGUUUGGCUGGACGAGCCCACCAAGAGUGCAAAAAGAGUGGACGGCCCUCCCAAAAAGGAAGAUAGACAAGAUGGACACGGAGAAGAAGUCUUUUUGUACAAAGUCUACACCUUGGUGGUGGAGUUCCACUACUGGGUGGCACUCUUCGUGGUCUCCCAAGUCACGGGCUACUGGAUGUUCUUUGUCGCGGAAGGAAAUGGGCCGUUCGUCUCCAUCUAUAGGGCCCUCCAGGUCAUCGACUUCUUUCUGGGCUUUGUCCUGCCCUGCCACCCCAUACUUGGAUUGGACUCCACAACGCUAAUGAGGGACGUGGUCAACACAACCCGGCAAACGUGGAUCAUCUACGUCACCGGAGUGGUCGGGGUGGCCAUCUGUGUUUUUAUGGUCAUCCACAUGGUGCGUAGGUGGCGCCACGGCGCCGGCCCGCGGUGGUCAGAAAGCGCUUCCGGGGACGUCGGAGAUCGACGUCAGUCCGUGAGCCGCCAGCCCUCGUUCACUUUGUCGGAAUGGACGGACGCCCAAGAGGACCUGAUGGAUCUGGACGCCGUGCCUCAGACGCCGGUCUUUGAAAUGGGAAGCGACAACAAGCCGGAGGGGGACGCGGUGACUCUCACGGUCACGCCGGUGGGCCUUCAAGAGAGGAGGGGCUCCAACGUUUCCCUGACCUUGGACAUGUGCACGCCGGGCUGCACGGAGCCCUACGGCUACGGAGCCCAGCUGUCCCCUCGGGACCAGUCGGCCCAGGAGUACCUGCGGCAGGGAACGCACGUCCUCACCCCCGCCAUGCUGCACACGCGGGCCAUGGACGACCAGAGCCUGCAGGCCGAGUUCUACGAAACUCCCAUGAACUUUGUGGACCCCAAGGAGUACAACUACCCGGGGCUUGUGCGAAAGAACCGCUACAAAACCAUUUUACCCAACACGCACAGCCGAGUGAUAUUAAAGUCACAAGACGAAGAUGAUUUCCUUGCAACUUACAUCAACGGCAAUUAUCUCAAAGGUUACGGGGGUGAAGAGCGUGCAUACAUCGCCACGCAGGGUCCAACGGUGAACACAGUCGGGGACUUCUGGAGGAUGGUGUGGCAGGAGAACACCCCUAUUAUUGUCAUGAUCACUAACUUGGAGGAGAAAAAUGAGAAAUGUGCCGAGUACUGGCCCGAGGACACGGCGACCCACGAGGGGAUUGAAAUCACCGUUGUUACGGUAACACAAGAAGAUGACUACAGUCUGAGGGUGUUUACUUUGAAGUGCGGGGACGAGGAACGCAGUCUUAAGCAGUACUGGUACACCUCGUGGCCGGACCAGAAGACGCCGGACAAAGCUCCGCCUCUUUUGGAACUGGUGCAGGAAGUGGAAAGAGCCAGAGAGGAGGCCCCGCCCACCAGCGGCCCCAUAAUCGUGCACUGCAGUGCCGGAAUCGGUCGGACCGGCUGCUUCAUCGCCACCUCCAUCCUGUGCAAGCAGCUCAGGAGGGAGGGCGUGGUCGACAUCCUGGGAACCACCUGCCAACUGCGCCUGGACAGGGGCGGGAUGAUCCAGACGUGCGAGCAGUACCAGUUUGUGCAUCACGUCCUCAGCCUGUACGAAAAGCAGCUGUCCCACGCCUCCGAAGAGUAA